AGUCCUCACCAUUGUCGACAUUAGCAGCAAAAACUAACUAAAAUGGACGAUGGAAGCUCCUCGUCAUCGUCGCCGUACAAAGUCGCCGUGCCUCCGAAGCAAAAGCCGUGGGAAGAGUUCUCGUCGGGAUUCAAAGAAGCAUUCUUUUCGGACGAUCCCCUCCGUCCGUUCAAACAUCAGCCCGGCGCUCGUAAGAUCAUCUUAGGAUUGCAGGCGGUUUUCCCGAUCCUAGAAUGGGGCCGGAAUUACGAUUUAUCGAAGUUUAAAGGAGAUGUCGUCGCGGGUCUCACCAUUGCUAGCCUUUGCAUUCCUCAAGACAUCGGCUACGCGAAGCUCGCAAAUUUGUCGCCUCAAUAUGGCUUAUAUUCGAGCUUUGUGCCACCUUUGGUUUACGCUUUGAUGGGGAGCUCGAGGGACAUUGCGAUCGGGCCGGUGGCCGUAGUUUCGCUUCUUUUGGGGACACUUUUGCAAAAUGAGAUCGAUCCCGUCGAGAAUGGUUAUGAGUAUCGUAGGCUUGCGUUUACGGCUACUUUUUUCGCGGGUGUAACGCAAGCUACUCUUGGAAUUUUUAGAUUGGGAUUCUUGAUCGAUUUCCUAUCGCACGCUGCGAUUGUCGGUUUCAUGGCCGGCGCCGCCAUCACCAUUGCCCUCCAACAACUCAAGGGCUUCUUGGGGAUUGUCAAGUUCACCAAGGAAUCGGAUAUAAUCUCCGUGAUGAACUCCGUUGUCAAAUCCGCGCAUCACGGCUGGAAUUGGCCGACGAUCCUUAUAGGAUCGGUGUUUUUGGUGUUUCUUCUUGUAGCCAAACAUGUUGGUAAGAAGAAGAAGAAGCUCUUUUGGGUAUCGGCUAUAGCGCCUCUUUUAUCGGUUGUUUUGGCUACGUUCUUCGUCUACAUUACCCGCGCCGAUAGGCACGGCGUGCAAAUCGUUAAACAUAUCGAGAAAGGUAUCAAUCGUCCCUCGGUGAAGCAAAUAUACUUCACUGGCGACUAUGUGUUGAAAGGCCUCAAGAUCGGCUUGGUCGCCGGCAUGGUUGGACUAACGGAAGCCGUUGCCAUCGGCCGGACUUUUGCCGCGAUGAAAGACUAUCAAAUAGACGGGAACAAGGAAAUGGUCGCCCUCGGAACCAUGAACAUUGCCGGAUCGAUGACCUCUUGCUAUAUCGCUACAGGUUCGUUCUCGCGCUCUGCGGUGAACUACAUGUCUGGAUGCCACACGGCCGUGUCUAACAUUGUGAUGUCCGCCGUUGUACUCCUAACGCUCCUAUUCCUCACGCCGCUUUUCAAGUACACUCCGAACGCGAUCCUCUCGUCCAUAAUCAUAUCCGCGGUUGUUAGCCUCAUCGACUACGAUGCCGCGAUCCUCAUAUGGAAGAUCGACAAGUUCGACUUUGUAGCGUGCAUGGGCGCCUUCUUUGGCGUCGUUUUUGCCUCCGUUGAAGUCGGUCUAUUGAUUGCGGUUUCGAUAUCCUUCGCCAAACUGUUGUUACAAGUGACCCGUCCGCGGACAGCGUUGCUCGGGAAAAUUCCUAGAACAAACGUUUACCGCAACAUCCUACAGUAUCCGGAAGCCACCCAAAUCUCCGGCGUUCUUAUAAUAAGAAUUGAUUCAGCGAUUUACUUCUCGAACUCAAAUUAUAUCCGCGAGAGGCUAUUGCGAUGGCUCAUCGACGAGGACGAGAAAUUAAGAGCUGGAGGCCUUCCGAAGACUCGGUUUUUGAUUGUCGAAAUGUCGCCCGUGACUGAUAUCGACACAAGCGGGAUUCAUGCAUUACAAGAGCUCUAUAGAAGUCUCGAGAAGAGAUCUGUCGAGCUUGUUUUGGCGAAUCCGGGACCGGUUGUGAUGGACAAACUACACGUUUCAAAAUUUGUUGAUAUGAUAGGCGAGGACAAGAUCUAUCUUACCGUUGCCGAUGCCGUUCAAAUGUGUUCGCCGAAGUUUGUCGAUGUGGUUUGAAGAGUUUAAGGUUGUCGGAAAAAAUGUGACCGAGAAUGAUCGACUGUUUAUUUACGGCGGGUGUAUGCAUUUUUCUAGAAAGCGCAUUUUUGCUCCGGAAUAUGAUCGAUUGUAUGUCGUUGGAGUCUAUAUGAGUUUGAUGAUA